UCAAUUUUCGAAUCCGUCUCGGAUUGGUCUCGGGAUCACUCGGUAAAAAUUGUGGUGAUCACUCAUCACUGAUUCACUGAUCUUUGCAAAACCGCAAGUAGUGACAAACUAUGGACGUUGCGGAAUUAAAUAAACAAUAAUUAACUUGACAAACGAAAUCAUGUACGAUCGAUAAAACCGCGGCCUAAAUAACAAAAAUUUUUGUAUAAAAUUAACAAUCUUAUACACGCAAAUGAAUAAAUUAAAAAUCAUAAUUAUUGAUCAAUGAUAGAUUAACGAUUGUUAACGUUAUUAGGAGUUAUGUUAUUAGUAUUUGUUUGUGUAUGGUGCUUUGAAUGCUGUGAUAUAGACGAAUUGAACAUUAUUUAGGAAAACAAGAUUUGUUUUUUUUAUGUGGUCAAACAAUGUACCGCCAUCUAUGAACCGAGACGUGAAACUUGAAAAAGCGCCAUCUAUCGACCGGGCGGUGUUGCGAAGCUACAAUGAUCUGAAAUGCCUCGGCUAAAAUAUGCGUCGAUCCUGCGCGUGUUUGUCAUCGUGGGGCUGCUGUGUCUGUGGGUACAGAUAAUGCUGUCUGCGAGUGGUGUGGGCAUGGAUAAGGAUGGAGAUGAAUUUACGGUACAAGAUAUUAUUAACACUACUAACUCUGAGCAGUAUUUACAAGAAGAGCUGAUGAACUCCAAUGACACGUCUGAGCAAGUGCUGGCGCUUGUGCCGCCAGAAUUACACAAAUAUUUGACUGUACACCCGAGAAAUAACAGCGCAAAUGCCACAGACCGGACCAGUCCAAAGAACAUCACAGAUAUACGAAAAGCAAUACAAAUGUACAAUGAAGCCCAGACCAUUUACAACGAAGAUAUAUUUGGACCAGUCCAAAAUGACACCAUAAUUAUUGCUAUACAGGUACACACAAGGUUAACAUAUUUAAGACAUUUGAUAGUAUCUCUAGCGCAGGCUAAAGACAUAGACAGAACUCUGCUGGUGUUCUCGCACGAUUACUACGAUGAAGAAAUAAAUAAUUUAGUUAGGAGUAUAGAUUUUACUAAGGUGAUGCAAAUUUUCUACCCCUAUUCGAUACAGACACAUCCGAAUGAGUUUCCCGGGAUAGACCCGUUCGAUUGUCCAAGAGACGCUAAAUUGGAACAAGCUAUCAAACUAAAGUGCAACAAUGCGUUGCAUCCAGAUUUGCACGGCCAUUACAGAGAGGCGAAGUACACACAGACAAAACACCAUUGGUGGUGGAAGGCGAAUAGAAUAUUUAAUCAGUUGCAAUGUACUCAUGGACAUACUGGUAUGGUAGUAUUCCUCGAAGAAGAUCACUAUGUAGCGGAGGAUUUUAUCCACAUGUUAAAUUUAUUAAGAACAACCGCCGAUCGGACUUGUCCACAAUGCGAGAUACUGUGUUUGGGAACUUAUCUGAAAACGUAUCAGUAUCAUAGUAAUACUGAUAAGCGCAAGAAGCAGUUAAAUUUAAACUACAUACAACAAGUGAGGGCAGCGAAUGAAGAGAGAAGGAAACGCCUGCAAGAGACACAGUGGAACUAUCAAGUGUACCCUAAUAUAUAUUCAGCAGUUCAAAAGGUCGAAAUAACGCCAUGGCACUCGAGCAUGCACAACAUGGGCAUGGUUUUCAACAAAACCGUGUGGAAUGACAUUAUGGCGUUACAAGAGCAGUUCUGUGCAUAUGACGAUUAUAAUUGGGAUUAUUCGUUGUUGCAUUUGUCCCAAAAUCGACCGGGGAGGGAGAAAUUUAAAGUUAUUCUGUGUAAAGGUCCGAGGGUGUUUCAUAUUGGGGAGUGCGGAAUCCACCACAAGAAAUCCAAUUGCAAUGCGUCCACCGUGAUAAGCAAAGUGCAGAAAUUGUUGCAAAAUGCGAAACAAUACAUGUUUCCAACACGAAUCACGGCGACCAUAAGUGCGGGGGGCGCGAAACAUAAUAAAAAGUUGACUAAGGGAAACGGGGGGUGGGGGGAUAUACGUGACCAAGAACUCUGCGCUAACAUGACAAAAGUUGGACGGCAAAUGAAGAAAUAUUUUUAUUAUUCGUAACACGCACACAUUUUAAAUUAAUCGAAAUAAUAAAUAAUCAUGAUUUGUAUUAAAAAUCAUGAAAACACAUGAUAUUAUUAGAAUAUAAAUAUAGUAGACUACUGUCGGAGAAAACAGCAUCGAAUACGGUCCAAUCGUUGUGUAUAUUGACAAAAAUAAACUAGUUGUUGUUUUUGCCAUUAAUUUUAUCGACUAAGCUUUAAUUUUGUUAAAAACACGCUGUUUAUUGUAUUUUAUUGUUUUUUUAUUUAUAUUUACCUUUUAUUGGUUUUAUUUAAUUGUCCAAAAGUUUUUAUUUAA